UAUGUACUUUACAAUAAAGUAGGUAGUUGACUGUUACUUUAUCACUGAUGUCAUAAAUGCCGAUUUUUUAUUUUGUUACUAGCCAUGUACGCGGCAUUGCUCGCGUGAAAAUUGGACUUAUAAGUUUACUUCUCUCUCCUCUGAAAAGUAGCCUUUGACCAUCCUGGGUUUGCUUUGUACUUGCCAAAUUUGUUCAGUAAUUAUAUAGUUAGCCAUGAAAAGGUAACAAGCAGUCAAGACAGACACUUUGGAAUUUAUAAUUUUAGCUUGGAGUGGAAUGGGUAUCAACGUUCCAUCAUUAUUUCUUUGCAUUAUUUUUAUAAAUAAAAGUUAAUAUAAUAAAGUAAAAUUAACUUUCUUUUUGAACUUGUAAAGAUUUUAACACCAUUUAAUUUACCAUUUACCUACUCGCCACAAGAACACAUUUUGUAUAAUGUCCCCUUCUAUAAGAGGCAUUUGUUAAUAGAUGGCAAACCAUUGAUAGGCCUGCCCAAUACACCAAGCCUCCUGGAAUGUUUGAUCCAUUUUAAUUGUAUGUGGACAAUACUUGGUGUACUGUACAAGUACAAUACUUGGCCACCUUUGAAUGGCUCGAGGCCACACAUUGUAGCCAGGAAUUGGUUUGGUUGUUGAAUUUUCUGCACUUUAAUUGCACUCUGUAUGUCUGAAUCAGUCAGGUGCAUGAUACACACAGUCUGCUCGUGGUUUUGAUGAAAAUAAUCAUUAUGAAAACUAUUUGGGAGCGCGUGACGGUGAGCACGCACCGCUCACCCAGCCCCGACCCGCCGCACGCCCACGACGACGUCGGCACCAUCCGCACCGACGAGUACAAGCGCGACCUCGCCGAGUUCCAAGCCCGCCGGUCCUCCGGCCCGCAACUCCCUGACACCCCCGAGAAACGAUGCGGCCGACACUCCCUACCCAUCUCCUGCACCGACUGCGCCGACCCCGACCGCACAUUCAACUAUGAAAAGAAAUCAGCCGUCAAGUACAAAAAGAAAUCGCAAAAACGAGCACGAAGCGCCAACCCGGAAGACUCUGUACCUAACAUACAGUUCCUCUUCCAAAAUCAGGUCUUCAUGCCCGGUACUUUAUCAUAUUCGGAACCUAGGAAACGAAAUUCGCGCAAAGCGUACAGGCAGGAAACCUUUACCCAAAAGCACAUAGAUUUUAAGGAAGAAGAGACUCAGGUUAAUUCGCCUCCAUUCUUUUAUAAGAAUAACUCGUUGCCUUACGAUAUUAAGAACUUUCUAGACACUAAAAGCGAUGUCGAGGAAGUAGACGGGAUGAGAGCCACGGAGAAUGUUUACGUUUCUAGUCAUAGCUCUUCGACGGCGAGUAGAGGAAGUAGCAGCAAAGAUAAUCUUUGGGAGGUGAUGAGCGAACUGAAAAACUUCGACCGUUGGGCCGACGAGCAACUGCAAGUUCAGUCUGCGAACCGGAGCAAAACUGACGACAGUAAGAGCGAGACAAGCACAUACGGACUGUCUCUAGCUAGCGCGAGCAACCUCGACGUAAACGUGGAUAAGGCGAGGGUUUGGAACCUUGGCAAGUGGGGCGUGGUGCCCGUGCAGAUCAAGACGCUACCUGUCACUGUCGAACACGUCAGGAAGAAACGGGACACCGAGAUAAACAUAUUGAGAAAAUGUCGCCAUCCCAACAUAAUCCUUUUGAUGGGAUUGUAUCCGGACGUCCACAACAACGUGAACAUAAUUUGCGAACGAUGCGUGGAUACCCUCCAUGAUAUACUCCACGAUGGACAGGGCCGAAUCCUCAGCGCCCAGACUUCAGUCCAAUAUGCGUUAGACAUAGCCAACGCGCUCGUCUUCCUCCGUAUGCAAGGAUACCUCCACACGGCUCUCAGCAGCAAGAGCAUCAUGAUUACACGACAAGACUCCGCCAAGCUGGCUGACUUGGGACCUUGUAUGAAGCUUCCUAAGGAAAAUAAGAAGGAUAAAAUUGGAUAUGACAUGUAUUCGCCUGAACCUCAGUACGUCAAUAUUGAUGAAACCAGUCACAACAACCAAGAAAGCGAGCCUCUGCUAUCCCAGCACGCCUCUGAGACGUACAUGAGGGGUAACGCAGUGGCGAAGGCGUAUAGGUUGUAUGAGGGGUCGGAGGCAUACCAUUGGCACGCGCCGGAGUUGUUCGAGCCUGAUGAAGAAGGGAAUGUGUAUCCUUGCAGCAAGAGCGACGUGUAUUCGCUGUGUUUGAUACUGUGGGAGAGCUGUAAUGCUAAGAUUCCAUGGAACACACUAACCUACGAGAAGCUAAAGGAGCAAUAUUCGUUGUGGAAAGCGGGCAUGGUCUUGCCGCAAGACGGCACGUACCCGGGCAGCCUCCUGGCGUUGCUGCAAGACGGACUGAAACUUGAGCGAUCUGAGCGCAUAGACCUUGAGAAGUUGCAGAACAUACUGCAGACUGUCAAGAACGACAUCGACAAGAUGGACUACAUAGUAAUACCAGCGCGGAUUUCAAAGAAGAAAUCCAACUUUAGCAGCGUCGCGUGGGACACGUCUCCUACAGACUCUGAAUGCUUGAGUCCCGUUCAACAAAACAUCCAGCUUCAAGCCGACAUCCAUAAUAAAGACAGCUCAACUGAGAGUGAAAAAGAUUACAGUAAAAGCGAGAGUCCUGUAUAUGAAAGUGUAGAAAAGAGGUCAUUCGCCACAUCCGACGUGCCACAAAAAUGUUACGUAUCGGCCGACGAAGAGCGCCCCGUUCUAAAAUACGAACAUCUACCGGAGAAGGAUUACUCUAGCGCCUGCUCUACCCCUAUAGCAAAGAUACGGGCGCGGAUGAAAGACAUCGGCACUCCCAACAAGUUGCACAGGAGCGACUCCACUGAAUACUGUAGUAUAUACAGUCCCGAUAAUCGCACACGCAACUUUACCAUCACAGACGACAGCGUUAAAGAUCAAAGUGGCGUAGAGAGACCGGCGGCAAAACUAAGCAGGAGCUUCACGCCUAAAUCUUACAAACCACUUCACAUUAAAGUACCUGAGUACAAUCUAGACUGUUUAAAGUCGUUGCCGAAGGACAAGGUCAGUGGGCGGUCUUCGUACAAUUUUGAUAUUAAAAAUUAUAGCUUGCCCACGACGCCUAUAGCCCGUAGUAAUAAAUUAAGAAAAAAUGCCUGGUUGUCUGGAGAGUUGACUGUCUGUGACAAGAAUGUGGAAGUUUUAAGACAAGCUAUUAGUAAAUUAUCUAAUAACAGAGCGGGUGAUACCAACGAUCUAUCGGAAGUAACUAACAACCAUUCAUCUGAGAAUAUCAAUGUGACACCAUCUAAUCGUUUUUCGGAGAACUGUUCUAAGGAGCAGUCCCCUGAGGCUGACACUGACAGUUAUAUGGGACUUAAGAGAGUUGACCAUCCAGAAUCAUCUGUAACAUCUGACACCAAUAGAGACCGGACAAAUUCUUGGUCGUACAAAACGUCACAAAACUCCGAUGCUGCGAACAAAGGGAAGUAUAAGAUUGAAGAGGACAUACUUGCCAACGUCAAUGUUAAACCAUUGGUCGCCAUACAUGAGAAGUGGAUCUUCGAAGCCAAUAGAAAAACCGGGCGAUCCAUGUCCUUGCCAGAGAAUAAUCGGAACCCGAUUGCUGCUCUGAAACCAGCCUCACACUGCGUAGAUACUUUGCAGCAGUCACUGCCGCAGCUGAAUUCUAAGCGGCCCGGUUCGAGGUGUUUUAAAUCUUCAUCAGACAACGAAGUUCAAUGGAGCCAAUUCUGCCAGGCACGAGAUAACAUAGCCAAGAAGAUGAACUUUGCAGCUAGAGACCCGGACCGCCAUCACCACUGGCGAAGAGAUAUAGAUAAAAGUACAACAACCACUGAAGAAAUGAGGCGAAGCGAGCCCAUGAUCGACCAGGCCACCGACACACACGGCAUCGAGGACUUCAUCCGAGAACUUAUCCGCAAAGAGCUGCAACACAUCUUCCUAGAAAUGCAAGACGACGCCUCCUCCGCCUCGGCCAAAACCGACGAAAUACUAGACAAAGGCGUGGCCAAUAUUAUAGAACAUUUAAAGACUACCGAAGACGAAACGCGAAAAGAUUCAAUCAAGUCUUUUUCAAGAGUUAAAAUUAACGGCAACAACAAGCCGCUACUCCAAAUAACGUUCAACCGGUGCGGCGAGAACAGUCUGCAGGUGUUGGACAACUGUGUGAAUGUGACGAUUUGCGACAGUCCGCAGAAAGAUAAGAACCAGUCGCUGGACGAGGCCGCGGACGAUGGGCAGGUGCAUUCGCUGAAGAGGUGCCAGGCUUUCAACGCUUUACAGGAAGCCCGCAGCACCGAGGACCUGUACAUCGACGACGAGCUGUCGACGCAGCUGGGCGACAGCUUCGGCAAGAUGCGGCUCAUCCCCCUGCACGGCUCGCUGCACGAGAUCCUGUGCGAGAAGGCCGACGACUGCUGCCUCAUCAAGGUCAAGCAGGAGAACGGCUGCGACACCAUCUACUUCAGGUGUGACCACUCCGACACCGAAUCUAGAGACGCUAUCGACGGCGUGCAAGAUAUACCGCAGGACACCGUCGUCUUCAAACGCAGCAUAUCCCUAGUGGAGGAGAGGAUCCAACGCAUCUUCCCCAGCGAGACACGUAGCACCGUCAGUCCGGUCGUGUCGCGUAAGAAGCGCCGCGAACCAACCAAUAAUAAAGCCCGUCCAAAGUCAGACGUACUUAUCCAACACGUGAAGGAUGAGAAAAAGUACCUGAGCAACAGCAGCCCCUCGCUACCUGUUAAAGAUGACGCCGUAGAACUCAACAUAGAAAACGUGUUAGCUUACCAAGACUCCUCAUCUGAGGAGUGCUUGAAGUGUCAAGCGGAGAAUGACGACUUUGAGUAUCUCGAGCGAAAAAUCGAGGAGGACUUAGCUAAUAGCAAUAUUAGCACCCUUUCUUCUUUGACGUGCGGAUGUUUGGAGAAGAUAUCGGAAGAAAAUUUGUCCGCGAUGAACGAAGACACCACGGAUAAGGAGUCUUCACCAGACCCCGGGACAGACGCCUAAUAUACUCUUACUAGGAAGGUCUUAACUAUUUUUGCCUGUUUACAGAUUAGGAUAGUCGGCCCGAUUCGAACAUUAAGAUACGUAAAAAAAAUUUAAAGAUACGGUAUGGAUUGGAUAUGUCAGUCUCAAAAGUGACGUUUUUGUUGUUUGCAGAAACGUCAUUUUUUACACUGUUUGACGUAUCUUAAAGUUCCAAUCGCGCCGACUGUCUUUCCUCAUAGUACUAUAUAUUUUAGUUAUUUUAAUCUCGAGAACGUUUAAAUUAGACUGAUAAAGUGACAAAAGCGUUGAUUCGCACGUUCUUGUUUUUUUUUUUUUUUUUUUGUUUACUGACUUAAUAUUAACUACACCUUGAACGUUCUAUAUGUAUAAAUGUCUUUUACUUCCGAUGCAGCUGACUCAAUAGCAAUAUAUAGUUCACAAUAGCAGAGAACUCGUUUACCAAAAGUACAAUGGCACAGUAUUUAUCUAACAUGGUACAAAUAAUUACUUUAUUUAAACUUUAUUUAUGAGUGCAAAUAACGUUAAUCAUAGCAUAAUAAUAUUUAUUAACAUUAAUUAUGUCCUAAGUAUUUUUUUUUCUAUAAAUUUUAAUUUCUGUUUCCGUUAUGAUGUCGGCAUAAAUAUUUUCAUUAAAGGUACGUGUUUGAAUGAAUAUAUUUAUUUCGGCAAGUUUUUCAGUUUAUUCGUAACUAUUGCAAUAUUUUGAAUCAAUAAUCACGGAAUAAAUUAUUUGUUAUGUUUCUAAAGACCAGAUUGAUCGAAUAGCGUAUUCACAUGAGACUAUGUUUGUAGUUUAUGCGUCGUCUGGUGAUGGCAAGGGUCGCAGUCCAGCGCCAAAAUUAUUUCAUCAUUCGUAGCCGUCGUAAAGUUUGUCAUUUCAUAAAACGGGGGCAGACAACUGCCAAAACUGUACAUAUCGCUUAAACGUCAACUUUCAUUACUUCGUUUAAACUUUUAACCAUAUUUCUUAUAAUGGUCGUGCGUUUAGAUAUUUUUUGAAUCAUAGAUUAUUAAUUGAUCUGACGAGACCACAUGUUGUGGCUUGUGGCCCGCCGAUUUAUGAAAUCCCACUAUUCCACUAUUACGACAUAUACAUCUCGUUAUUUCUGGAUGCGUCCCUCGCAAUUGCCUACACGACUGUGACGCGAGUAGGUCUUAGUCAUAGUUUUAUAUUCGAGCUCUAUGUUUUUGCCUAUUUUUGAAAGAUACCAGUUUAUUUUCUUUGCAUCUUCUAUUUGUCAGCAUUUUAUAAUAUAAGUUUAUUUGAAUAGUUUUGUAAUGCAAGGCUAUGUGAUUAUUAGAUUAAGUGGCACGAUACAUUCCACUGUUGUGAUUUUUAGAUUAGUCUAAAGUUAACCUUUUGAAGGUUCAUUUAUUUAGAUUUCAUUCUAUUUUACUUCCCGUUUUAAUCGUAUUUCUCCCUAAUUUUAGAUACUGCAUCUUAUGAAUCUACCAGUUUCUACAGAAAUCUGAGAGGGCCAAAGGUUUUAUAUCUACUCUUACUUAUGCUAUAUUGUUACACUACAGAAGUUUUAUCAUAGUUCUUAUAAUAGGUUGAUUUUACAAAAGUUUAGGAUAGUUUUAAAAGUUUCUAUUUUAUAUUAAUAAAAUAAAUUGUUAAAACAAUAAAAACGUGAGAUUUUGUGGCA